AUGUCAAGUGUACAAGAACAUUACAACGAUGUUGUGAUUAGUGACGGUGCGGCGGAUGAUGAUGUUGAGAAUCUUGAGAUGCUAGAAUCUUUGAAUGACUCUGCAACUGUUGGUUGUGCAACUGCACCCGUUUCAGCUGAAAAAGAACAUAAACUUAGAUCUGAUGUGUGGGAGUAUUUUGAUCUCGUUAAAUGUCAAGAUGGAACAAAGAAGGGAGUGUGCAAGGCUUGUAGAAUUGGAUAUAAAUAUGAUAGCCAGAGAGGUGGAACUUCAUCUAUGAAAAGGCAUAAGUGCCUUAAGCGUGACUCUCAGGACAUAGGGCAGAUGAUGUUAACUGCAAAGAAUGGCCAGCUGUCUUCUCGUGUACGUAAAAUUGAUCAGAUGAAACUGCGCUGUCUCUUUACCGCAUUACUCAUUGCAAGGAAUGUCCCAUUUUCUUUGGUGGAGUGGAAAGAAUUUAGGGACAUAUGUAGGAUGUGUCUAACAUCAGACAUGUGGACAUCUGUUACUACUACAGGGUACAUAAGCUUAACUGUGCACUUUCUUGAUCAAAAUUGGGAGUUGAAGAAGUAUCUUUUGAACUUUUGUGAACUUCCACCACCUCAUACAGGUGAACACCUUUCUGACAAGCAAUUUUCAAUGAUAGAUGAUUGGGGAAUUGAAGACAAAGUAUCCAACAUCACCUUGGAUAAUGCCGCAAAUAAUGGAGCUUGUGCUAGAAUUAUGCAGAGUAGACUUGUUGCAAAGAAGAUCCUUUUUAACAAGGGAAAAUACUUUCAUAUUGAUCCAGCUAUACUUAAGAUAAGAAAGUCAGUGAAGGCCCUUAAGAAGUCCCAAGUAAGAAAGCAAAAGUUCUUGGACAUUGUUAAUACUUUAGGAAUGUCUGCAAUAAGAAGAGGUAUUCGUCAAGACGUGAAAACAAGGUGGAAUUCAACUUAUCUUAUGCUAGAUAGUUGUCUUGUUUAUAAAAGUGUUUUUUCUCAUUUGAAGGAGGUGAAUCCAGACUAUAAAGACUGUCCAACUGAUGGAGAAUGGGAGCAAAUUGAAGUAGUCACGAAGUUUCUCAAGACGUUUUAUGAUCUCACUACUUUAUUUUCUGGUAGUAAGUAUCCUACUUCCAAUCUUUAUUUUGAAGGAGUUUGUCAAGUCCAAGUGUUACUAAAAAAAGAAAGCACAAAUGAAAUUGAAUAUAUCAGGGACAUGGUAAAGGAGAUGCAAAUUAAAUUUAACAGUUAUUGGGAGAACUUGAGUCCUAUUUUGGCUAUGGCACUUGUGUUAGAUCCUAGAUUGAAACUGAAGUAUCUAAACUUUGCUUACUCCAAGUUGUAUACUGAUGUAAGACAAUUAGAAAGAAAAGUUGAUGAUGUGCGUGAAGAUAUGAAAAAACUUUAUAAUGAGUAUUACACAUUGUCAAAUUCAAGAGCUUAUGUCACUGGAACUCAGAAUAUGCUGUUUCAAAAUGGUGGGAAUUCUACCCUCACGGGAAGUGAAUGGCUCCAGGAAUAUGCUGCAACACAGGAAAGUGGUGGUGAUAUGCAAUCUGACUUGUCAGAGUUGGAUCUCUAUCUUUCUGAGAAAUAUGGAUGUUCUUUAGAUAAACCAUUUGAUAUCCUAAUGUAUUGGAAGGCCCAUGAACAUCGAUUUCCAGUACUUUCAAGAAUGGCGGGGGAUAUUUUGUCAAUUCCUAUUUCAACCGUCGCUUCAGAAUCUGCAUUUAGCAUUGGUAGAAGGGUAAUUGAUAGAUUCCGCAGUUCCUUAUUACCUGAAAAUGCCGAGGCGGUGAUAACUACUCGUGAUUGGAUUUAUGGAAUCGGAAAACAAGAUUUGGAUGAGGACAAUGGAAUCGGUGGAGAAGAUGUGUUAGGAUUUGAACUUGGUGUCGUGGAGGACGGGGCAGUGGAGGAUGGGGAUGAAGUGGUUGUUAAUAUCUUUAUUGUUGGAGUCUUGGAGACUUCUUGUCUUACUCUUGAAGGUAUUAGACUACUAAUGAUCAGUGAACACCUUUCUGACAAGCUAUUUUCAAUGAUAGAUGAUUGGGGAAUUGAAGACAAAGUAUCCAACAUCACCUUGGAUAAUGCCGCAAAUAAUGGAGCUUGUGCUAGAAUUAUGCAGAGUAGACUUGUUGCAAAGAAGAUCCUUUUUAACAAGGGAAAAUACUUUCAUAUUGAUCCAGCUAUACUUAAGAUAAGAAAGUCAGUGAAGGCCCUUAAGAAGUCCCAAGUAAGAAAGCAAAAGUUCUUGGACAUUGUUAAUACUUUAGGAAUGUCUGCAAUAAGAAGAGGUAUUCGUCAAGACGUGAAAACAAGGUGGAAUUCAACUUAUCUUAUGCUAGAUAGUUGUCUUGUUUAUAAAAGUGUUUUUGCUCAUUUGAAGGAGGUGAUCCAGACUAUAAAGACUGUCCAACUGAUGAGAAUGGGAGCAAAUUGA